AUGUCCUGUAUUGGUCAAGAGAAGCAGAAGGAUGAAGGUGAGCAGCAGACGGUGAGAAGGAGAACGCUGCAGACUGGACAUCGAGACACGCUUGCGGGUCUUUUCGAGGAACUGAAAAACAUGGUGUGUCCAUCCAGUCAAUCAAAUCAUAACUGUGAGGCUUCUUAUAAUCAGAGAAGUCCUGCCAAGUGGAAAAUCCUAGAUCAUGCCAUGGGAUUUCUUCUGGAGAAAGAGGCUUACCUCAGCAAACUCCUUGCACUGAAAGAAGUUUAUCUUGAUGAUGAUGGAGGACUGAAGAGUUUGGAAGACAUGCGAGAACAGUACAGGAGUCUCUAUUCCAGACACACAUUGCACAUCAGUAGCCACAGCUGUACAGCUUGUGUUCCUGUUGUAGCUGAGGACCACGAGAGCAGUGAGGUCGACUCGACUGGUGAAGAUACAGACGCUCAGUCCCAGUCAUCUGGGACGUCUGUCCCUAAUAUCCAAGAAUUUGAGGGAUAUCUCUUUUUCUACAGCGAGACUAUUGAGCUCCUUUUGCGCAGUGGAGUGCUUUCUCCAGAUCAGACGGGUCUUCCUGUAGUGUCCGAGGCCAUCUCUGGCUUGUGGAGCUCUCUUCCUCCAGAGCGUAGAGAGGAAGCACAGCAACACGCUCUAGGCCAGAGAUCUGCCUCCUGGGAAAGCCAAACUGAGAUCAGUGCCUCACAUCUCACCAGCUUAGAUCCAUCUGCGUCUUACACUGUUGAGGAGGAUCUACUACAGGAUGCCUAUGAUGUGGUGCAGAGAGAUAUGGAUACUGCUUCAGUAAACAGGCCUGCAGUACUGCAGAGCUGUGACUAUGAGAAGCUGAAGCAAAUCUACAAGGACAUCUCAGGCUUCAUCUGGAACCACGUGGCUCAGGAUCAGGAGCUUCCACAGUUAGAAAGAGCUGAGGACCUGCCUCAAGCAUCUGAGUAUGAAGAGCAUCUCCUGAUGUGUUCAGAAAGCUUCGAUGACGAUUUCUAG